AUGAAAAUCUAUGGGUUCGACGACGACGUGGUGCUGAGUGGCGCCAAUCUUAGCCGAGACUACUUCACGAACCGGCGCGACCGCUACUUGCUGAUCGAGAACCACGAGGUCAUUGCGAACUACCUCCACUCGCUGGUGCAUCUUGUCGGCCAGUUCAGUUUCCGGCUGGAAACUGACUCAGAGAAGCACACGUCGACCGAGAAGGACACACGGCAGGGCUGGAAACUGAUAUGGGACGGAGGUCAGGAUGAUGCUACUGCUUCAAGCAGCGACACAGCCUCGCAGCUCUACCCAGAAUCGGGCUGGACGGAUGCGGCAACCCAAGCUGUCAUAGAAUUCACUCGACAAUGGCAUGCUCGAUCGUCUUCUUUGUCGCCCAUCGCGGGCAGCAAGAAGGAGGAUGCCGAUACGCUGCUCAUUCCAUUGCUUCAGAUGGGACCGUUGAAUGUCAGGCAGGAGACGCGAGCGAUUCCGCAAAUCCUCGAGCUGGCUCUCGAGGCUCCUGAUCAGGACGACUCGCCGCCGACGCUGGCACUCACCUCCGGAUACUUCUCCCUGUAUAGACCAUACAAAGCGCUCUUGCAACAGGCUAAAACGGCGCGUAGCGCCAUCGUCAAGAUCAUCUGCGCGGCCCCCGAAGCCAACGGCUUUUUCCAAUCCAAGGGUGUCUCGGGAUGGAUUCCAGAGGCUUACACUUGGUAUGAGUAUCAAUUCUGGAAUGCGCUUCGACGUUCCAACAGGCUUUUGCGACAAGAUGGCAAAAGGAUCCAAGACGGAGGCGUAGAGAUCACAGAGUGGAAGAAAGAAGGCUGGACCUACCAUGCGAAGGGGAUCUGGUACUCUCCUCCGCCAGCCAAGGGAUCGAACGAGACAGCCGCACCCAAGAUGGUUCACGUCGGCUCGAGCAAUUACGGAUCCAGAUCGGCCGACCUGGAUCUGGAGUGCACCUUCUUGAUCUCCACCCAAUCGAAAGCGCUCUCGCAAAGGUUCAAGGACGAAUACGCCACACUGGACAAGGAUGCGAACGACCUCGUCAAUGAAGAUCUAUUCCAGAGAUCCGAUCGAAAGGUGCGCAGGAGAGUCAAGAUUGCAUCCAGAAUUUUGAAGGGCAUGCUGUGA